UGAAGGUCGAACCGAUAUGUGGAUAGAAACGCGGAAUAUAAUUUACUACUUUGAAUUCAAACGAUAUGAUCCUGAUAAAAAAAAUGUAAUCAUGAGCUUAGUCGAAGAGGCAAUCAAUCAAAUAUUUGAAACAAAAUAUUAUAUUGGUCAUACAGAUCCAGAAUCCUAUAACAAGACGAGAUAUGCUAUUGGGUGUGUUUGUUCAACGGGAACUCGAAAAAUCUGUGGAGUUGGAAUUCAAGAAUUCACUUAUAGAUCAAAUAGGCUUGAAAAAAAGGAAUUACAAAAUUUUUUAGAUGGAUUUCAGUAA